GGCUCCAGAGAUCUCGGAUCAAUAGUCGUGACAGACUUACCUUUUCACACACACAACGUAUCCGUUUCACCCUUUGCGCAUUCAUUUCCAGCUGGAAGCUGAGGCAAUCUGCCUGGUAUGACGGUUCUUCUCCGAGCCGUGGUCGUAACCGUGCUGCUACGGGCGGCUGCUGCCGUACAUAUCGUAGAGGACGGGGUCAGGGACGGGCCCGAGGUCGUUGGAGGGGAGAUUUCCGAUGUCUUUCGCAAGAUCAUGGAGGCCAACACCAACGCAGUGCAGAAGCGCCGUGUAGAGGAGGCGGCGAAGAAUGCCGCAGCGGCAACGGCUGCGGCGAAUGCCAAGAUCGCAGAGGAGGCGUCGAGGGUUUCCGCAGAAGCCAAGGCUGCCCAGAAGGCUGCCGCGGCGGCCACGGCAGCAGCGGAGGCGGCGAAGGCUGCUGCGGAUGCCGAGGAGACCGAGAAGGCGGCGAAGAAUGCCGAAUCGGCGAAGACUGCCGCAGACGCCAGGGCGGCGGAGGAAGCGGCGAAGGCUUUCGCGGAGGCCAAGGCUGCCGAGAAGGCUGCCGAGGAGACCAAGGCAGCAGAGGACAAGGGGCGACCGCAGCCUUCUCCUCCGCCGACAGCGCCCCCGACGCUGGAGCCGACGCCAGAGCCGACACCCGAGCCGACAUACGCGUAUGACGGUCCAGGAGUCCCUUGCUCGUGUCACGUGCCGGCCUGCUUCCAUCAAUACGACAUGAACAGUGAUGGUUGCCUCACCCAGAACGAGUGUGACCUGCACAUGCCCAUCUUGGAAUACUGUUUCAUGGUACCCGCAACUUGCGGGCCAGAGAAGUGGGACUUGGAUGAUGACGCUUGCAUCAACCUGACAGAGUUCGAAAGGGUUUACGCGGUGAAUCAAACAGUUUGCCCAGUGGAGGUUCCCGAGCCGUGCGACGAGUGCCCUCAGGGCAAGUACAUCGUUCCGAACCCCUGCGAGUGCGUCGACUGCGCUGGCGAAACGCGCAGGCGCCGCUCCACAGAGUGCACUUCCUGCCCGGCUCCCCUCGUGCCCUGCCAGAACCCUGACGCAGACGACUGUUGCGAUCCUAUGGUCCCUUAUGCACCCUCAUACGUCCCAAACAAAACCACCAACAUUACUGUGCACGUUCCAUAUCAAACGUGUACUGAGUUCUCACUGGGCGACAGUAUCACGAUCUCUGGAAGAUUAUCGAGCGACCCGUCUACUGUGGUCACGCACACAACAGUGGUCAUUGGGAUUACUCCGAUUACUGGGGGAUACGAACUCGAUUUCAACGACCCGCUCCCUGGAAACUUUCAAUAUGACACGACGGUUCAGCAGACUUGCACAUCCACUGACGGGACUCAGGUGAGCGGCUCAUUUUCUCCCUCCGCUGGUGGUUGUUGCUGCGCAUGCGGCACUGACUGCUGCGAGACCACCGAGGUGUGCACUCUUUACCCCAACGGCACCGGCGAGUGCUCCAAUGCUGGCCCGUAUCCCGAAUUCUCGACUCCAGCCCCGACCGUCGGGGCCAAGGGCGACCCGCACCUCGUCAACCUUCAAGGAGAACACUUCGACAUCAAUCACGAAGGCACGUUCGCACUGCUCCGUUUCCCGCAGGCUGCCGAGAAGCCGGCCGAGUUCUCGCUGCAAGCAACCGUCCAGCCGGAUGCAGGGAAGCCGUGCACCACGUACAUUACGCACGUGGAGAUCUCGGGCGCCUGGCUCGGCGGCAGGUCUGUGGAGAUUCGCUGCUACCGCAAGUCCAACUCGAGUGGCACCGACGCUUUCCUCGGCGCCCGUCUGCUCGAGGGCAAGGGUGACUCCCCCUGGCAGUCUAUCGAGGAGUUCGAGUCGAAGGACCUCGUGCUCUCCGACUCGGAGUCGGACGUCGAGGUUUCGAUGGACAAGGCGAUGUGGUUCCCCAAGAAGCGCUCAAAGGCGGGGCCCACUGCGGCUGGUAUGUUCACCCUCUCUCUGCGCAACAAGAAGAGCCCGAUUGGCGCCAAGAUCACCAUGCGCCAGGACUUGCCCGAGCAGGAGCACCUCAACGUGGCAGUGCGGCAGCUGUCCCAACUGGGCCGCGUGGAUGUCGGCGGCCUCCUCGGCUUCGACGCACACCCAGAGAGCCUGGAGCGCCCCUCUGCCGCGUGCGUCCAUCACAGGGCCACGGCGCGCUACCGCAUCGAGAGCCAGGACGACGUGGACCACGGCUACUACUUCCGGCCUGCGUGGAAGGACCGUUGGGACAAGGUUCGCGCAGAGCGCUCGCGUGACAACGAGGCGGCCGCCAGUCUCCUGGGCAGAUUUGACGGCAGCGAAGCCCUGGGCGGCAAGAUGUGCAAGUGCCCGAGCGAUCCACACGGCAGCCUCGAGGGAGUGCUCGUGGAGGAGGCGAGCUUCAUGUUCGCCAAGGCAUCCUGGGAGUAGGCUCGCACCGAGAGCCGCGUCACUUUUGACCUGCCCUUUUGCUGCCGACGGGGCUGUGGCAUAUAUAUCCAUCGGUCGUUGAAAGUAGGAAUUUGUGGAUUCCCAGCUUCCAAUCUACUUUAAGCGCCUUCCUACUUCAAUGAUCGAGUGGCUUCACCUUUUCCGUCCUCCCAAGGGGGCGGACGGAACGCAAUUGACUUUCAAUGCCUUCUUACUUAAUGUUUCUACCUACUUCUUCCGACCGAGGGGUACAAUACACAUACGUUCUUCGCAUCAAGCCAUCUUUUUGUGGCAGGCUCGCGCCGCGUUGACGCUGUGACGACCCCAGCGCGAUCGUUCAAGAUCGAACCCCGCCAGUGGCCUGGAGUCGGCUGACAUCGACAGGUCUGCUAUUCGGAAUGCCAUGUCUCAGC